AUGGAGCCAGGCGAACAGCCCCCGGCAGCAGAGGAUGUCUGCAUCGAAAUAUGUGAACUACCACCUCUAGCAGAAGCGAUCCGAGUCGAAAUCAGAGAGAUGAUACCCGAAACUACUAUUUCAAAUCAACCGCAGGAAGCUCCACAAUUCACGGAAGAUACACAUGGGAGAAAGAAUUAUACUGGGGAUGUAUUGGAAGCCAAAAUUUCGCUCUUCACUUUCAAAAUGGCAAUCGGGACUAAAUGGAGGUGGGAACUGAUAUAUUGGCGGAAAUCGGGCAAACUUAUCUACGACCGAGAAUAUGGGUAUCUAAUUCCAUUAUCAACGAAUAUCAACCUUACACCCGGAGGCGAAGUGCAGCAAGGAAAUUAUGCUCGGGUCAUUGGUCAGCCUGUUCUCAGCCCCAGGGCUGCUGCCAUUUUUCUUAUACCGUUAUGA